CGACAUAUCCGGCCACAGCCCUCCCCAGGGAUUCAUAGGAAGCCCGAUAGAAUGAUUAAAUGACGCAAAGUAAAUUGCGGCUGCAGCCGCGAAAUCGAUACGAGAAGGGAGGGGGGAGCCGAUAAAAAUACAAUGGUCUGAGAGGCGAAUGUGGAUGUAUUAACCAGCAUCUCUUUUUAUCCCUCAUUCCAACCUCACCGACACCAUUCAUUCAUCCCUCAUCGACAUUGCUGCUCACGGAAACCUUGUCAGGAGAAGCAGAACCCCCCACCAGCGAACAUAGGGCUUACGGAUAAAACAGGAUGCCUUCAAUUGACCAAAAGUACCACCAGUGGCGCGCAGAUUACGUGCGAGCAUGGGGCGACCUACUCUAUAUCGACUACAAUAAGAAGGGCGAAGUCGAGCAGAAGAACGCUAUUACUUGUUCUGAAGCAAUUGGAUAUGGCAUGUUGAUCUCGGUCUUGAUGCGCAACCAGCAGGACUUUGACGGACUCUUACGCUGGUUCUUGCACUUCAGGAACGCCAAUGGACUUUGUUCCUGGCAACAGAUCGACGACAAGCACAGCCAGACCUACUCCAACGCUCCGGACGGUGGCUGCAACUCUGCAACGGACGGCGAUAUCGACAUCGCAACCUCUCUAUUUUACGCUUCCAAGGCCUGGGGUCGCUCUCCCUGCGGUCGCUACGACUAUCGACAGAUCGCCAUCCCCCUCUGCAAGGCGAUUUGGGACCAUGAAAUCAACCACCAUACCUUCAUGCCCACGCUCGGAGAUUGGGUCAAAGUCCCCGAGUACUCGGGUGGAGCACAGUCUGGAGAGGAGAGUGCGUACACGGAUGUUACACGACCGUCGGAUUUCAUCCUGUCAGGAUUCUUGACUUUUUACAACGAGGAUCCGGAGAGGUCGUCACAGUGGGCCAAGGUUAUGGACGCCAUUGUCACAACAGUGCAGCAUCAGGUGCAGUUGAAUCCCACGGGGCUGAUUGCGGAUUUCUUGAAGCUCGCAGCUAAUGGAUAUUUUGAACCAUCGCGGCACAAGAUCCUCGAGAGUGACAAUGACAAGGAUUAUAAUUGGAACUCUUGCCGUGUUCCUUGGCGUCUCUCGGUCUACUAUCUUCUCACAAUGGAUGCAAGAAUCCAACCAGCAUUGAUGGCCAUGUCAUCCUUCUUCGGAUCCCUGCCCGAGAUCCACGCAGGAUAUCAUUUGAACGGUCAUAGGAUCCACGACCGUAGCUACUCGGACAUGUCCUACACUGCCCCGGCAUCGAUCGUUAUGUGGACGAUGCGCCAUCCAAACCUGGCGCAGGUCCAGGCCCAAAUGGAGGAACUUGAAUCGGACAAGUCCUAUUUCGGCGACUCGAUCCAGCUCCUGUGUCUCUUGCAGGCGAGAAACCCGAAAGGAUUCUAGUCGAGGUCCAUCAAGAGAUGAGCAUGGGUGGUAUUGGUCACAUCAUGCAUGGGAGUUCACCGCAGUAAAGCUGAGAAACAGUAAUAAUAAAGCACCAUCGCGGUUCGCUCGCUCGCUUUUCAUGAAAAUUAAGGAUCUGAAGGAACUACCUGCAAGCGGGAUCGGGUCUUUGCCUGCGAUAGAUCGGUAUGGAUACC